CGUAAUUGGCGCAACCUAUAAAUAUUUUGACUUUCUGAGCGCCUCCCCGUUGUUUGUUGCGUUAUCGCGCAGUUUCCAUUUGAUAAUUCUAAAAUAACCUUUCGUUGGAAUUAAAGGAAUACUUAUUCUUAAUAAUUCUCACAAGAAAUGGGAUCUCACUUUGGUGUAGUACAACCAAUUUUCACGGAUUUCUAUGAAUUGACAAUGUCGUAUGCCUAUUGGAAAGCUGGAAAAGCCAAUGAUACUGCAACUUUUGAAAUGUUUUUUCGUAAAAAUCCUUUCAAUGGAGAGUUCACUAUAUUUGCUGGUCUUCAAGAUUGUAUUGAGUAUUUAAGUUCGUUUAAAUUCACUCAGGAUGAUAUUGAAUAUUUGCAAAAAAUUAUGCCAUCAACUGUUGAUCCCGAUUUCUUUGAUUAUUUGCUUAGUAUCGAUACAAAGGGAUUAUUGUUAUGGUCUGUUAAAGAAUGUUCAGUUGUUUUUCCAAAAGUUCCUAUUAUGCGAGUUGAAGGACCAGUAGUACUCUGUCAACUGGUGGAAUCUACAUUAUUGAAUUUGGUUAAUUAUGCGAGCCUAGUGACUACGAAUGCUACACGUUACCGUCUGGCUUGUGGUCCAAGUAAAAAAUUAUAUGAAUUUGGUUUACGUCGUGCUCAAGGACCAGAUGGUGCACUCUCAGCUUCAAAGUAUGCAUAUUUAGGAGGUUAUGAUGGAACUAGUAAUGUUUUAGCUGGGAAAAUAUAUGGAAUUCCAGUUGUUGGGACACAUGCACAUUCAUUUGUGUCAGCUUUUCAAUCUUCUUAUGAAGGAGAAUGUAUAAGUGAUUUCGGAAAAUUCAGAAGAGAAGCCACCGAUCUAAAUAACUCAUAUGAUGAUCACCUUUUAGACUUAAACCGUCAACCAAUGAAAUUGAAUGAAUUUUUGAAACGUUGUUGGUAUUGGUCUGCUAGUUUAUCUCGUGUAUUAAAAUAUCAUUCAGAUCAAAUACAUCCAGGUGAAUUAAAUGCAUUCGCCAAUUAUGCUAUUGCAUUUCCGACAAAAUUUCUUGGUUUACUUGAUACAUAUGACGUGUUAAAAUCAGGUUUACCAAAUUUUUGUGCAGUUGCAUUAGCUCUUCAUGAAUUUGGUUAUCAAGCUAUUGGUAUACGUAUUGAUAGCGGUGAUAUAGCCUACUUAUCAUUGAAAAUUCGUAAUACGUUUCAGCUAAUCAGUUCACACUAUAAUUUACCUUGGUUUGCACAACUUCAAAUACUUGCUAGCAAUGAUUUAACUGAAGAUACAUUACAUUCUUUUAAUCAACAAGAUCACUCAAUUGAUGCAUUUUGUGUUGGGACAAAUCUAGUCACCUGUCAAAAACAACCAGCCUUAGGAUGUGUAUAUAAACUUGUUGAAAUUAAUGGAACUCCAACAAUGAAACUUAGUGCUGAUUUUGAAAAACUUACUUUGCCAGGAAAAAAAGUAGUUUAUCGUUUAUAUAGUCAGCAAGGUGAAGCAUUAUUGGAUUUAAUGAGACGUUCGCAUGAAGAUUCUCCAAACGUUAAUGAACGUAUUCUUUGUAGACACCCAACUCAAGCAUCGAAACGUGUUUUUGUUGUACCCGGAAGAGUUGAACAAUUACUCAAGUUAUAUUGGAAUUAUGGAAAAGUAAUUUGAAAUCAUUUAUUUAUCUUUAGUUAAUUAUUACCACAACUGUUUUUGGUAAGAGUAUAAUAUACUGACGACCGUGGAGUAUUUAUCAGCCAAUCAGGAAAUGGUGUCUUGUUAUAAAACAAUUAACAAUACAAAGUAAUGGAAUAACAGUGUUAUAACAGCUUUGGUCGUAAUAAUCAACAUUCACAACUCAAAUUAUCCCUUGUGGUAAAGAAAAAGGGUAAGUUUACAUAUAUACAUACAUAUUAGGAGUCAGUCUAGUGCUGUCAGCCAGUUUUAUCACUCCAUAGAGUUUUCAUCACCAACUCACAUUGACUGUAGUGCAAAAAAAUUAAGGUUAAGUAUCAAGAGUUAAACUAGAGUUUUGAGUUAGAUUUAAAAAUCAAGAUCAGAGUUUUAACACAAAUUGACAUCAGCUAUUAUCCAAUCCCAUGCUAACUUCCUGUUUACAAAAUUGAGAAACUGAAGUUUGGGAUGUAAAGUGAGAUUAAUAAAGAGGACAUUAUCUAGCUUCACUAAACACGCGAUCAACGAUAUCAAGUACUUUAAAACACAAUCUGCUGUAGAAGCAGGUAUGCUGUUGAAUUUAGAUUAUGCACCAUCUAAAAUUUAUUUUUUUGUUGCACAACAGAUAUUUUCAUCGAUUUCAAACAUCUUAAAAACCAAAUAUUACUAUUUUCCACUUGGCAUGACUUACACGUUAUAUAUCGCUGAUCUCUAUACUUCGCUCAAAAUACGAAUUAUCUUAAUUCUGAUUUGUCAACCUAAAGUCGUCAGUAUAUUCUAUUUUUUGCCAUAAUUUUAAUCUGUGUAUUUUAGCUAGUGUAGUGUCUAGUACUACUUCAAGCCCACAUCGAUUAUUCUAGCUGCUGAACAGACUAAUUUAUUCAUUUUUCUCAAACCACAUUUUGAUCUUGUUAUUUAUUCGUCUAUUAAUCCUAACCGUUCUUUAUAUGACUGUAUGUGUGUUAAUUGCUUACCCUAUUCAUCACGUGUCUGUAACUUAUUUUUGUCUGAAUAUAUCGAGUCUCGCCUAAUCAAAACGAGUUGGCUCACUCGCCUUCUCCACUGCGCUUCACUUCGUUUCUCCGAUUGUCUGUUCGGAUCAAUAAGUGUAUGAAAUAUACGUAUUCAAAAUUCAUUCUCGUAUUUGACUUAUCAAAUUCCGUUAUUCACUGACGCGAUUUAAGCCGAUAAAAAUAUACGAGGGUUGGCGGCAUGUAUAGUUCGAUAUCAAUCAGCAUACGAUCUAAUUGGAGUCAGAUAUCGGGCCACUAAAGUGUAUUGCCACGAAUAAGCAGUACUUUAAAGAAAGGUAAGAUUGUUGUAUUCUAAAUUAUGUAAAUUAAAAUUUUCACUUCAGUUUACGUAUUUAUUAGAUGAACUGCGUCAGAUUACAUAAACUAGACGAAGUAUUAUUGAGUAAUUGUUUGCAACGCUAAUACAUGUACUAUAAUAAUAUCAUUUAAAUUAUCGUAAUUUCAUCUUGCCCACUCAUUCUCUCUCUCUUUGCUUCCUAUUUACCAAUUACAGUUGGUUAAACCAUUGCCGACAUUGAAUGAAUCUAGAGAAUACGCUAUGAAAGAAUUAAACACUCUAAGACCAGAUUAUAAACGUAUAACUAAACCGACCCAAUAUAAAGUUUCAGUUUCAGAUGAAUUAUAUCAAUUCACUCAAGAAUUAUGGCUUAGUAUUACACCAAUUGGUGAAAUUAGUUAGUAACUUUAUUCACCUUUUCAUUACUACUGUUAUAAAUAGUUCAUUUUUCUUUAUAUCCACCUUUCACAUAUCUACCUAAUUUAUAACAAAUGCACUAUUUUUCGCUUGUAAUCAUUUGUUUAUUACUUAUUUCCUUGUUGUUAGUAGUAUUGUGAUUAGUAUUUUGUUUAAGUCUUGCUUUACUAUACAAAUAAAUUGCUUUCAAUACUUUUUUUCGUGAUAACUUUGAAAGAUACAUUCAAAACAACAUAUCCAUGUAUUUUUGACUACAUUUUCUCACACCAACUAUUUCUUAUUUAUAGAUUAUGAAUACCAAUAAAAAUGUCUUGUUUGCAA